GAUUUCCGGUGUAAAGCCCGCCUUUUUCCCUUUUCUCCUGAGGCGACUUCCGGCCGGGUGCCGCGCUGGCGCCGCCAUGUUCCUGCAGUGCUAAGAGAACGAGGGCGGGGAGCGCGUCUACACCCUGCGGAAGGUGUCCCCGGACGGGGUCCCCACACGCUUGGCGCACCCCGCCCGCUUCUCCCCCGAUGAUAAAUUCUCCCGGCACCGCCUGGCCCUGAAGCGGCGCUUCGGGGUUUUGCCAACGCAGCGAGGCCGGACUCUGCUGUGAGGCACCCCAGAAAUCCCCUGAGGAGCCCUGAGAUGGCCCCGAGCUCCUGGGAGGGAUCCCCGCCAUGAGAGAAGGUCAAAUCACAGUGCCAGCAGACUGCACGGAAAUGAGGGGAAAGGAACGUUUUAAAGAGGAGGAAAAAUGAAAUAUUAAAGGUCGAGGGUCUCUGAGUUUUGGUGACCAAAUAACUUGGGGUUUUCUUCCUGUUUUGGGGGUAUUUUUGUGGUUUUUUGGGUCUGGGGAGAGAAUUUAGGGGGUAUUGGGGGAAGCGCUAACGGGGCUCUAAGGGGCGCGGGGGAUGAUGGGAGUUGUAGGCGCGGGUAUAACGGUGCUCUAUGGGGCGCGGGGCAUGAUGGGAGAUGGAGUCGCGGGUAUAACGGUGCUCUAUGGGGCGCGGGGCAUGAUGGGAGAUGGAGUCGCGGGUAUAACGGGGCUCUAUGGGGCGCGGGGCAUGAUGGGAGAUGGAGUCGCGGGUAUAACGGGGCUCUAUGGGGCGCGGGGCAUGAUGGGAGAUGGAGUCGCGGGUAUAACGGGCUCUAUGGGGAGCGGGGCAUGAUGGGAGAUAGAGUCGCAGGUAUAACGGGGCUCUGGGGUGCGGGAGAUAAUGGGAGAUGGAGUCGCUGCUUUAAAGGGGCUAAGUGAGGCCGCGGGGCAUCACGGGAAAUCGGGGCAUGGCCGUAAAUGCGCGCAAUGGGCGCCGCGGGGCAUGAUGGGAGCUGUAGUCCCGGAAUUCUCUGUAACGGAGCGGUUGGGGGUCCUGGAGGGCAGGUGUGGGUCUACAGGGGCACCUGGGGGGAUUCUGUGGGGUCGGGAAGCCCCUGGGGGCACCUGGGGAGCUCUGAGGGGUCUCCGUGGGGCUCAGGACGUGACGGGAAUUGUCGGGCCGGAACUCGGCUCUGAGGGGGCUCUGUCGCCGCGGGGCAUGACGGGAGCUGGACUCCUAGCUUUAACGGCGCUCCGUGCGUGCCGCGGUGCAUGGUGGGAUCUGUAGUCCCUUAGGUGGCGCUCGGAGGCCUCUGUGUUGUUUGGGGCAUCUGGGCGUUCGAGGAGGCGUUCGGGCGUCCCGAAUGGGCUCGGGGGGGCUCUCGGGGGUCCCGCAGGGUCUGGGGGGCUCCUGUGAGGCUCAUGGUAGCGGAUAGGGGAGCGCUGUGGAGCGCGGGGCCUGACGGGACUUGUAGUUAGGCCGCCAUGGAGCCGCUGUGCAUGAUGGGGCUUGUAGGCUCAAAGUCGCUAAAAUGGCGCCGACACCAGGCCCCGCCUCCAACUGCUGUUCCAGGGUGCUGAUUGGUUGCAGACAGUGAUGGGCGGGAGCCUCAGCCAAUGGGAGGCGGCAGAGGCGGGACCAGCCCAUUCAACCCCUCCAGUCCCUCCCAGUAAAGCCCAGUUCAUCCCAGUCCAGGCUAGUUCCUCCCAGUACAGCCCCAGUGCCCCUCCAGUCCCUCCCAGUGCAGCCCAGUUUGCCCCUGUGCCUCCCAGUAUCUCCCAGUUCUACCAGUGCCACUCCCAGUUCGUCCCAGUCCAUCCCAGUUUGUCCCAGUGCAUCCCAGUGCCACUCCCAGUCUGUCCCAGUGCUCCCAGCAUCCCCCAGUGUCACUCCCAGUUCAUCCCAGUAUCCCCCAGUUCAUCCCAGUCCUUCCGCGGCCAAGCCUCUGCCCCGCCCCCAUAUUUGGCCACGCCCCUUCCAUUGGUCACGCCCCCUCGUUCCGUGCCCCGCCCCCUCCCAUUUCCAGUUCCCGCGGCUGCUCUGGGAAGGGAUCAAAGGUGACGGAAUGGAGUGGGAACAGCUCCGGGAACUGGUGAUACUGGGAGUUCUGUCCCUGGCCAGAGGCGACACCCCCGAUGCCUCCAGUCCCUUCCAGUUCGACUGGUGUCACCUGCGCGUCGGUGGCCUCGCGGUGGCCGCAGUGCUGAGCGUGCUGGGGGUCGUCGUCCAGUGGGAAGUGCAAGUGCCGGAGCAAGGCCAGCUGAAACCCGGGGACAUUUGGGGACAUUCGGGGACAAUUUGGGGACACUCGGGGACAUUUGGGGUCAUCGGGGGAUUUGGGGACGUUGGUGGAUGACAUCGGGGACACUUUUUGGGGGA